AUGUCAACCUUUUCUUCCCCGGGUUUUGCAGCAAAUAAUGCUUCCAUCACCACUUGGCAAGGAGACCUGCUGGUGAAGUUGCUGUUAAGAGAUAGAAGAGAAAAGGCAUUUACCGACUUCGUCGAAUCUUACAAUACGCUAGUCAAAAAACUUGAGAAAUUUGCUGAUAGGAAUGCAGAAUUAGAAGCCUCGGAAAGAUCAGCUACAGACAAACUCACCAAUCUAUCAAGAGAAGUUGAUAUAUUACGGGAACAAGGGAGUCCUAUAAAUCAGAAAAGGACUGUAGAGUUAGAACAGCAAAUUCAAAACCUAAAGGAGGAACGGGCGGAAUUAUAUAAAACUCAAGGAACUAAUGCUCAAAGAUUACUGGACUUAAACGACGUUCUGAGGAAUCACGAAGAACAAGCCAAAAAACAUCAAGAAGAAAUCCAAAGAUUAACUGAAAUAAACCAGACUCUGACCAACAAAGUUGAUCUCCAAGUUCAGGUUCUCCGAGAAAAGGACGUUACAAUACAGCUUUUGCAAGAUGAAUUGGCAACGUUGCAGCUAGAACUGGGCAAGAUAGAUGAGCGUAUGAAAGAUUUAGAAAAGGAAAAUGGUCAACUAUUGCAACGAUGGCUGAAAAAAAUGAACGAAGAGGCAGAUAAGAUGAAUGAAGCUAACUUAUUUUAUGAAAGUGCGCUGGAAGUUCAUGCCAAAGCGCUAGAAUUUCAAAGUGGUGUUGUUAUUGUAGACAAGGAGUUUACUCCAGCAUCGAAACCUGUUUCGUUGCCAGAGGCUAGCUCGAGCUCCGGACAUACCAGGUCGAGAAGCAGGUCUCUUGGUCCAGUGGAAAAAAAAAAAGGAGCAAUGAUUGUAAUAUUAACCAAAGUUGCUUAUUUGGACCAGAGUCCUCAUGAUGGUGAAAUACACUCAAUUCAGGCUUCUCCCGAUGGCAAUUCGUUUGCUACCGGUAGUGCUGAUAAAACCAUUAAAAUAUUUGACGCAUCAUCAGGGCAGAUAAAGCAAACCUUGUCUGGUUCUAUACAAUCGAUUAUGCACGUGUCAUUCAAUAAUACUAGCGAAAUGGUUGCUGGUGCAUCGAAUGAUAAUGCGGCAAGAUUAUGGCAUUUGAAAACGGGUCGAAUAAGACUUACUUUAACUGGUCAUGUUGGAAAAGUGUACUCUGCAAGAUUUAAUGGUGAUUCCAGCAAAGUGAUUACUGGCAGUCACGAUCGCACUAUCAAAGUGUGGGAUUUGCAAAAAGGAUAUUGCAUCAGGACCAUAUUUUCAUUUUCUAGCUGCAAUGAUGUUGUUCCACUAGAUGAAGACGGGACGACACUUGUUAGCGGUCAUCUAGAUAACAAUUUACGAUUCUGGGAUGUACGAUCGGGUAAAGAUAUCAAAGAAUUGACUGGCAUUCACCUUGGACAAAUUACAUCUGUUUCCGUGUCUCCUGACGGGUCCAAAGUGUUGACUAAUUCAAGAGAUAAUACAUUAAAAUUGGUCGACCUUAGAACCUACGAUGUUGAACAAACAUUGCAUGCUGAUGGAUACAAGAAUGGUGCUAAUUGGUCCAGAUCGUGUUUUAGUCCCGAUGGGAGAUAUGUUGCGGCGGGUUCAUUAGAUGGGUCUAUAUUUUACUGGAAUAUUCAAAAAUCCAAACUAGAGAAAGUCGUGAAAGAACAAAAUUCGCCUAUUUGUGGUGUCACAUGGAAUCCUAAUGGGCGUCAGGCAUUUAGUGCUGAUAAAGAUCGUACAGUGGUCGUUUGGUCUGGGUUAAGGUGA